CUGAUACCUCUAGGUCUGGGGAAACUGUUUACAGCAGAAACCUUGGACGCUGGCAUUGGAAGGCAGGGGUGUUCUCAGAAAGGGGACAUAAAGAAGGACAGUUGGUGUUGAUAGUGGGUGGGAGUUAGGUUGUGGGGUUUACCCCCUAUUGAAACAUCAAAGCAGACUUGCAUUCAGUGUAGUGAGGGGGACAGAGUAAGGAUGAUGGCACAUGGGUGUCAAUAGCGAGAGACCAGCUUUAGCAAAAUACAUUAAUGGCAAGAAUUAAAAGAGAUGGUGUAAAGUAGAGAAGGGCUAAGGAGCAGAGGAGGAGGAGGCAGAAAGGCUAGAAGCUAGGGCAGAUAUGAUUGAAGUAGGGAGUGAAUUAGUGAAAGGCAAGUGAAGCUAGUAUGGUAGCAGGGCAGGAAAAGAGAGAUGAUGUCAGCUAUGAUACAGCUUACAGCAUCAGUGAACUGAUAUUGGUACAGCACAGAAUAGCUUUCCAGAGGAUUCAAGGACUGAUUUCCUUCUCUGGAGAGAAGCAAGACUCCCGUGAAGUUUGAAUCAUGGUUCCUUAUCUCAUCUCAGGAUCCCUCUAGCUACCAGCGCUGUCAUGGAGAACCUACCGACUGUGCCAGCAGAAGAUGGCGAGCCUGCUGUUCCUUGCACGGGGCAUUAUCGUAAAGACUGCUGUGAGCGGGUUGUGAUCAAUGUUUCAGGCCUGCGAUUUGAGACCCAAGUGAAAACCUUGCGCCGGUUCCCCAACACACUUCUGGGAGACCCACAGCGGCGCCUCCGCUAUUAUGACCCCCUGCGCAACGAGUACUUCUUUGACCGCAACCGACCCUGCUUUGACUCCAUCUUGUAUUAUUACCAGUCUGGAGGACGGCUUCGGCGGCCAGCAAAUAUCCCCAUUGAUGUUUUCCUAGAGGAACUCAAGUUUUAUCAGCUGGGAGAUGAAACUCUCACCAAGUUUCGUGAUGAUGAGGGUUUCAUUAAGGAAGAAGAGCGACCCAUGCCAGAAAGACCGUUCCUUAAGGAAGUGUGGCUGCUUUUUGAACAUCCUGACACUUCUCAAGCUGCCCGUAUCAUUGCAGUCAUCUCUGUGAUGGUCAUUCUUAUCUCCAUUGUGAUCUUCUGCCUAGAGACCCUGCCUGAAUUCCGGGAUGAUAGAGAUAUAUCAUUGCCACCUGUUCAUCACCGUUUAAACAACAGUGUGCCUUAUGCUGUACCAACAAAGUCUCAUGGAGAUCCCUUCUUCAUUGUAGAGACCAUAUGCAUCUGCUGGUUCUCCUUUGAGCUACUAGUACGGUUCAUUGCCUGUCCGAGCAAGCCAGCAUUUUUCAAGAACAUCAUGAACAUGAUUGAUUUUGUGGCGAUAAUCCCUUAUUUUGUAGCCCUCGGCACUGAGUUUGCACAGCAGCGUGGUGUAAGCCAGCCUGCCAUGUCUUUGGCAAUCCUCAGGGUCAUCCGUCUGGUGAGAGUCUUCCGAAUCUUCAAGCUUUCCAGGCACUCCAAGGGCUUGCAGAUCUUGGGCCAGACACUCAAAGCCAGCAUGAGAGAGCUUGGCUUGCUUAUCUUCUUCCUCUUCAUUGGAGUCAUCCUCUUUUCAAGCGCCGUCUACUUUGCUGAAGCUGACCACGAUGACACAAACUUCACCAGCAUCCCUGCAGCCUUCUGGUGGGCUGUGGUUAGUAUGACGACUGUGGGUUAUGGUGACAUGUACCCAGAGACCAUGGGUGGCAAAAUUGUGGGUUCUUUGUGUGCCAUUGCUGGAGUACUCACUAUCUCCCUACCAGUGCCUGUUAUUGUUUCCAACUUCAGCUACUUCUAUCACCGUGAGACAGAAUGUGAAGAACAAGGCCAAUUCACUCAUAUCACUACCUGUCCAUACACCCCACCACCAUCUCCAUCCGUAGCUGCCAUCCGGGAAAAGGCUCAUCUCGGGGAGAAACACCAGAAUAAAGACACAACGAUUUCUGAGCCCAAUUCGGAAUUGCUUGAUGGGAUGGUGCCUAUGGGCAAUUCGGAUGUGCCCAAUAAACGUCUUGUAACCCAAGUGUGACCACCACAUCCUUCCAUCCAACCAGCCAUCCCUCUACACCCUGACCUGACCUUUCCUGCCCUUCAGUGUCUUUAAUUGGAAGACUCUGCUGCUAGAUAAUAAUUAGCAAAAAAGAGACUGCUCUCUAGUUGAGCUUAACCCAAAGAUAAAAACAAGUUCAGAAAGAACAUUUCACAAUUGGUUUGGAUAGGGGGCUAGAGAGAGACUGUUGCAUUUAAAUCUGGGAUGCGAGCAAGUCACAGUAGACUGUCACUGAAGCACAGUCACAGCAAGGGGGAGGGAAAAUUGAGUCCUAUGGCCUACACUGCAGGAGACAGUUCAACAGACACACACAGACACAUCCUAUUGUUUUGUUCCUUCUUUGGUUGACUUAAGGUAUAGCCAACCCAGGAAAAGAACCUUAUCUGUGCAUCUUUUAUUCACUGUUUGGGCCAGUUUUCCAUCUUCCUUUCAUGACUCAAAGGAGCCUUCAGCAUGAAGAUGCCUUCAUGAAGUCACAGCAAUGUGUUCUAAGGUUACAUCUCCUGGAACGCACAGUGGAACAUACCAAGAGAAAUCAUGCCCCAAAUAGAAAGCGGGGCGGGGUAAUAAGGGAAUGUAAUCAGCCAACUGCUUUAGACUCAGGGUAUCACGGGGAACACCCUAAUCACACUUAGGGGAAACUGUAAAUAAAUACAUCUCCAAAAUGAGGUCAGCUGCUGCAAAAGUGCAAUCCACCUCUUUGUCUCCUGUCAUGUGGGACCUGCUUGCUCCAAGUCAUGAAAUGAGUAACAGGUCUCCAUUUUGCUAAAAAAAAAAAAAAAAGUUCACAGGGUAUGUAUAAAUUUGGCAAGCUGUAAUGAAGCAGUAAUGUUUAUGCAACACUGGUUUUUAAAGGUUUUUUUUUUUGACAGAUAGUUUCUCCAUAAGCAAGCAAUGCCAGGAAUGUGACCAUCUUCUUCCUCCAAGGAGGUCAGUUCAGUGCAGCCCCCUCUCCCCCCACCACUCCCCA